UUUCAAUGUACUUUAGAUUUUGAUUAACUCUCCCCACUUAUUUAGUAGAUAAAUAAGAAUCCUCUUAUCUUUUAACAUAUACUUUGAGUUUUUGUUGCCUUUCGUUGUUUUGUUUUUAUUUUGGUUGUCCUUUCUUGGAAUUUCUUUGGACCAGAUUGAAGUUGUGGAUCUUGAGCUAAUAGCUAUGGCUUCAUCUCUGUUACUUGCUGUGGUGUUUGUGUUUGAUCUCAUUGCUUUUGCUCUUGCUGUUGCCGCUGAACAAAGGAGGAGUACUGCCAAUUUAGCACAAAAUAUUGAAGGUAGAAAGUAUUGUCAAUAUGAUUCUGACAUUGCCACCGGCCUAGGUGUUGGGUCCCUCUUUAUCCUUGUUGCCAGUCAAGUCAUCAUUAUGGUUGUAACUAGAUGCUUGUGCUGUGGGAAAGCCAUGGCACCCAGUGGAUCCAGAUCAUGGGCAAUUUGUUUAUUCAUUACUGCCUGGUUGACAUUUUUUAUUGCUGCUUCAUGUCUUCUAGCUGGCUCAGUGAGAAAUGCUUACCAUACAAAGUAUAGAGAUCUAAUGGGAGAGAGAGCACCUUCAUGUCAAACCUUAAGGAAAGGAGUAUUUGGAGCAGGAGCUGCUUUCAUUGUUCUUACAGGCAUAGUCUCUGAGCUUUAUUAUGUUAGUUUUUCAAAAGCUAAUAAUAGUGGAGUCCCUUCCUAUGCUAGAGACACAGGUGUGACAAUGAGCAAUUUGUAAACUUAAUUAAUGCAAUGUUGUCCCACUUUUAGAACUUGGGAUUGGCUUACAUAGAUCUGAAUUGUGAGAGUCUAUUUGUAAUUAUGAAGCUAGUUUGAAAAAAGCCCGUUUAGACUA